CAAAUCCCUUUUUAAUUCCCAUAUUUCAGAUUAAUCACUUUUUUUCAAUUCAAUUAUUUAAAAUAAGUUCCUUAGAAUAUUCCAUUCGCAUAUUGUACUUUUUAUGCAGAAGUUCUACUCUUUUUAAGGACUCAUCAUUCUCAUCCCUCUCCUUCACAACCCAAACAGAUACAGAAACGCUUAAUCAUAAACAUGUUUUUGUGGUAGAUUGUAAAAAGCUGUUUUAGAAAAAAAGCACUUUUAUUAGAUAAGCUCAAACGGGAGGAAAGCAUGUCUGCUUUAAGUAGGAUGAAGAGAGUCACUGACCCGUGGGAUGAGAAGGUGAUGGACCGGAUCGUCGGCAUAGAGAAGAUUGGAACCGCUUACGUCAGCAGCGGUAGUGAACACCUCGACCAAGUCGAAGAUGACGUCAUCUCGCCGAGUUUGUCCGAACUUUUCUACGGUUUUACUGUUGAAGACCCCGGAGACUCGUCGUUGGAGGUAAAGGACUCCGAUUCUGAGCGCGAUCCUUCAAUGUAUGAGUCAAGUGAGGUGAAUUUAGACUUCGUCAAAUCGAUUCUGCAAGGUGAGAGAGAAGCGUUUGAAAAAGGACUUUUAGGUUUUGUUUUGAAAGCUGUGGAAGUGUUUUCCGACGUGAAAUCUAAUAGGCAGAUUUUGCGAAGAAAUGUCAUGGCGUUUUUGAGACAUAAAGGUUACAAUGCGGCGAUUUGCAAAACAAAAUGGGAGACAUCUGGCGGACUCACCGCCGGAAACUACGAAUUCAUCGACGUUGUUCGAUCGGACUCCAAAAGAUAUUUCGUCGAUCUGGAUUUCGCUUCGGAAUUCGUAAUCGCGAGGCCUAGUAAUUUCUACCAGCAUCUUCUUCAGUAUUUGCCGAGAGUUUACGUUGGUAAAAGUGAAGAUCUAAAGCAGAUUUUGAAGGUAACAAGCGACGCGGCAAAGCGAUCACUGAAGAGCAAAGGUCUCCAUCUUCCGCCAUGGCGGAAGCACCGUUUUAUGCAGAACAAGUGGCUCGGUCCUUACCGGAGAACGACCAAUCUUUUCCCAGCGAAAUUUUCCUCUGAUACCCCGGCGUUGAUUCACGGUUGCCGGACCAUCGGUUUUGACACCACCGUCCACGGCGGCGGGCGGUGGUUGUCAUCUGCUACAGCCCGUACCAGAUGAUUGCAAUAAAGUAAAAUAAUAUUCCAAUUUUGUUGAAAUUAAGAAGUGAAUUUUAGCAAAGUUUGUCUCUUUGCCUUUCAGGCAGUGUACGCGGCAUUUGCACGUCGUGUACAUGACGGCGCAUAUUAGCCAAUUCACGAGCGAAUUGAAUCAUUCAAAGUUCAAUAGUUAAAAAACAGUCUCUAAAUCCGUAUCGAACGGCUCUAAUUUACUUUAGGGAUGAGAUGAGGAUAAAUUCACUUUUGUCUUUUGCUACUUUUAAGGACUCCUGGCUAUACUAGAAUUAGGGUUGUCCAAGAGCUGAAUGGAACUAUUGACUCCU